UUUUCCUGUUUCAUGACUACCUUGCGAAGGGGCUCCUGUGUUGUUUCCCACACGUUUCUCUGUCGAAGUCUUCUCUGUCUUGUCUCACACUUUCCCCGCCGUGAUCGACAUGACCCCGGUCCCCAACCUACGGGAUCGAUUAUUCGUGCGUGCUUGGAGAGCGAGUCUGAAGUUCGUGAACGAACGACGCCUGCUUCCAGGCCAAGAGGAGCUACCGGUCAGAUAGCCUCGGAUGAAUUCUCUGCUCGUGAUGGAGUUGGAAUGCCAUCUUCAGCGGCCGUCGACAAGGGCCACAGACUCCCAGGAGAAGUAUAAAUAAGUACGGACCGUGGUCCAUCUUCGUCGGCUUCUGGAAUAGCCCCAGGUCCUCAGCUCAGACUCCAGCAGGCGCACCCUCCACAGGCUUCUCCAUCUUUGGCCCGACUCGAAUCGACUCUCCCGAUCGCCCGUUCCUCCGAAGAUACAAUCCCCAACCACUCUUUGUCGUUGACAAUAUGAAGACUCUCACUCUCCUCUCGGUCGCUGCCGCCCUGGCUUCGGCUCUGCCGACUGAUAUCAGCUCUGGAGCGGUUCAGACGCUCGAGGCUCGUCAAUCCAACACCCGCAACGACCUCGAGAAUGGGAGCGCUAGCAACUGCCCCAGCGUCAUCUUCAUCUUUGCCCGUGCCAGUGGAGAGUCUGGGAAUAUGGGGGGGAGCGCCGGUCCCUCGGUUGCCAGCGGCCUGGAAAAUGAAUUUGGAAACGACCUCUGGGUCCAAGGCGUCGGAGGCCCCUAUGCGGCCGAGCUGGCUCCCAACCUGCUGCCCGCAGGCACGGACCGAGCCUCGAUCGACGAGGGCAAGCGUCUUUUCACCCUGGCGAACACCAAGUGCCCCAACUCGGCAGUUGUCGCCGGUGGAUAUAGCCAGGGUACCGCGGUCAUCGCCAACGCCGUCAGCGAACUUGGCUCGGCCAUCCAGGACCAGAUCAAGGGCGUCGUCCUGUUCGGAUACACCAAGAACCGGCAGAAUAACCGCAUGAUCCCCAACUUCCCCACGGCCAAGACCGAGAUCUACUGCCGUAUCACGGAUGCGGUCUGCAAUGGAUCUCUCUUCAUCCUUCCUGCGCAUUUCCUGUACACUACCGAUGCCCGUAUCAGCGCCCCCAGGUGGCUGAUCCGGCAAAUCAACGCUUAAGCUGGCGUCAUCGGGCUUGCGGUUUGUAUCAGCGUGUGAGCUGGCAUGGAUGUAGCGGGCUUGGUCGCCGGCAAUUAUCGGGCGUUUGGCAUGCGGUCCAUUGAGCAUGUCUGGCAGCCACUUCAACGCCGCCACCUGUGCCCAUGUUCGCGCCCGCUCACUGGUCGCUUAGUUACGCUCAAUGUUUGCUUCAUGUUUUUUAUGGUAUUCUUUUCAUGUCCAUACUUUUGGCUCAGAGGUCUUCUACAUUCUUUUUGCUCCGAUGUUGCUGUAUAUAUUUAGCAUUGGGCCUAGGAAGUUGAGAGAAACAUAUUUACUGCGCUGAAAUAGCCCGUAAUUACCACAGAAACUGCC